GUCACUGUCCUUUGAUCUUACAUACAGAAAAACUACUGGCGCAUGUUAGAAACAUCGCUGACCUGCCACGACCACCCCUGUUAUCGUGCGCUGUCUCUCUGUCUUACAUGAGGAGCCAUUGCCUCCAUGGGAACCAAAUCGCUGAAGCGGAGACUCCGUGAGUCGCAGAAUCCUCCCAUGGCCGCCGCGGUUCCUCCGCGGCGCAAGCCUCGGUCCUACGUCACGCUCUCCGUGCUUCUCUCCGCUGUCCUCAUGGUUUCCGUCAUCGCUCUCUUGGUCCUUUCGUCGAACAAUUGGCGCGCGUUCCAAAGCAGAGCUUCCUAUGGAACGUUCACUGUCGUCAAUGUGUUCCCUCAUGAUCCAGAGGCCUUCACUCAGGGCCUUGUUUACGAUAGAAAUGACACCUUAUUUGAGUCAACUGGUCUAUAUGGGAGGUCCUCUGUCCGCAAAGUUUCCCUUCACACCGGGAAGGUUGAGGACAUACAGAAGAUGGAUAGUUCUAUAUUUGGUGAAGGUUUAACUCUCCUCAAUAAUAGGCUGUUCCAAGUAACUUGGUUGCAGAAAGCUGGUUUCAUUUACGACCCAAAAAAUUUAAGCCAAAUAGGGACAUUUGAUCAUGAUAUGAAAGAUGGUUGGGGCCUUGCAACUGAUGGAAAAGUCUUGUUUGGAAGUGAUGGUAGUUCAACAUUGUAUCAAAUUGAUCCUCAAACGUUUAAAGCUUUAUCAAAACAAGUUGUCCACUAUAACGGUCAUGAAGUAUACAAUCUCAAUGAAUUGGAAUACAUUAAUGGUGAAAUUUGGGCAAAUGUUUUUAUGACUGACUGCAUUGCGAGAAUCUCUCCCAAUGAUGGCAGUGUUCUUGGAUGGGUUCUUCUCCAAAAUUUAAGGAAAGGACUUAUGGAAGCUGGAAAUAAUAAUAUUGAUGUUUUGAAUGGGAUAGCAUGGGAUGAUGAACAAAAACGUAUUUUUGUGACUGGAAAACUGUGGCCAAAGCUGUAUGAAAUAAAGGUUUCUCCUGUAAAUAAACCAAUUGAAGAAGGGGUCAUUGAGCAGCUUUGCUUGCGUAGGCCUUUCAAAUUUCCAUGAUUGAUUUUAGCUGUCUCUCUGCUUUCUGCAAUAUACUUGGGAGAAUGCAGCAGCUGAACUUGGUUUUGGAAUGGUAUAUUUAUGACACUAUCAUUUUCAACUCACUUGGUAGAAUGCUGCCUCCUUCAUUACCUUUUAUAUUAUCAUUCUUCUGUAGCAGGUAAAGAAUUUUAGUUUAGUAGUUCACUGAGAGGUCAAUCAAUCUGUGUAUGAUAUGGUUGGUUUUGUAAGUAGCUAGAAAGUGCUAUAGAAAAGGAAAAUUUUGAGAUGUUAUUUUGUAUUUCAAAAAGAGAAUGAAACACAAUCAAAACAAAAGAAUGAAUGAUGUCUUCAGAGGUU